AUGAUAUUAGAAGCACAUGUCGCAUGGAAAAGAGAACAUGGUACACGAGAAGGUUGUCCAAGCAAGUUUGGAUUCUUGGCAGUAGCAUUUCUAGGCCUCUAUAUUAUAUGCUAUUCACCUGGGAUGGGCAGUGUUCCAUGGCUAGUAAACUCAGAGAUAUAUCCUCUAAAAUACAGAGGGAUUGGUGGAGGUAUUGCUGCAGUAUGUAAUUGGUCGGCUAAUCUGUUAGUUAGCGAAACUUUUUUAACUCUUACUAAUGCUUUGGGCUCCGCUUGGACUUUUAUUCUAUUUGCGGGAUUAUCUUUCAUUGGCUUUAUUGCCAUUUACUUUGUUGUUCCUGAGACUAAGGGACUUUCAUUUGAGGAGGUUGAGAAAAUGCUUGAGAAGGGAUUCAAACCAAAGGGAAUUUGUUUCAAAGGGAUCAAAGACGAGAUAGAUGAGGAGAAUGUGUCGUCUUCAUCUGUCUAGAAUGUCUUCAUAACACAAUCUUUCAUAGUAUAUUUAGUCUUUUUAGUGUGUAUUCUAAAUUUUAGGGUUUAAUAUUGUUU